AUGCCGCCUCCCAACUCGGCAUCACACGGCACUCCAACGUUGUCCCCGACGACGCCGGCACCUGAUUCGUCAUCGCACCUUGACCACUGGGAUUUCGAUACCGUCGCCGUGGAGAGCGGUAACGCCCACGACGAGAAUGUAAACUUUCUUCGUUCUCGCGCCCUACUGUAUAAUUCACAUAAUCCGUCGUCACCCGCCCUUACCCGACUUCGUCAUCGCCGGUACCCUCCAUCCUACUCGCAGCCGAUGGAAGACGAAGAGGAUCGCAUGGAGGUGGAUGAUCCCAAUGUAUCAGUCGAGAUAACCCAUCGCAUCCCUAUUGUACGUCGUCCACACGGAGAUUCCACUUCAGCCAGUAUGCCCACCUACGAGGGCCGCCGAUCAAAUCCCCGAUCGCUCUAUGGAUGGGCGCCCGGGUCAGAUGAUGAGGACGAGGACAUUCGCCGUGCCAACGAAUCAGAAGACGACCAGAUCCAGCCCUUCCUCCAUGCCAUCUCAGACCGCAGUACGUCAUCAAGUCGACCCCGGCGACGUGAACCGACUGGUCGCACCCCGCCCACCAACGCUACGGACAGAGAGGAAACACCUGAAAGGGAAAAUCCGUCUCGGAAUCCCCCGAUCUCGACGAUGGAGGCCCUGUUGCAGUCGGCAAGGCGACAACCCCGGUUAUCACGAACCCGCACGCUGGAGAAUUACCUUUUGGACAGAUAUAGCCGGGCCAACGACGAGUCAGAAGAGACCGAGCGACCGGGAGUGGGUUCAUCCUCGUCCCGGGCAUACCGAUACCGACCCACGAAUCGAGGUGACCCCCAUCGGAUCCUCACCCACAGUGAUUUGCGUGCUCGGGCUGCCGCACACCGGCAGCUAUACUCAGGAAGCCCUGGGGACUCGCUUUUGAAGGAUACAAUCAGCUACCUCGAUUAUUUGCGCUAUUCCAACUCCGUUGAGGAGAGUAUCAGCUCGGCUCACGCAAGGGGUUUCCUGUCACCUGAGAACUUCUCUAGCGAUUUCAUUCUCGAUACAAGCACCAUCGCCCCACCAGCAGCCUCUUCUUGGCUCCAGCCCGGCGUUGUCUUCACUGGUUGCCAAAGGGCUGCAAAUGCAGGCUGCUCGGUCAUGUCCGCGCGAAUACCAAGUCCGAAUGCACCAAGUGAACCUGUCAUUGUCAAUGGAAGCGAUAGCAACGCUCGGAUUACUGUGUCCACGACCAGUGGACGGCGAUAUCAAGCUAACACUCGCGACGAGAACUGGCCCGUUAAGGUCACGAUUCACCAUAUCAACUACCACGAAAUGACCCUCUCUGGCACAAUGGAGGCCUACAACAUUCCCGACAAGACUUCUCCGACUCAAGAUGCCCAUAUCGUGACGUUUUUGGAAGGAGAAAUUAUUGACUUCAACCAACAUACCCUCGAGACAAAGAACUUCAAAGCAGAUGCGGACACUGACUCCACCUAUUGGCGAGAGCUCCAGCCAUUUAAGGACCUGUCUGAUGCCGACAUAGCCAAGAAUCUUGUUAGCCGUACAUGGGUUACCGAGAAACUCACGCAAGGGUGGAUCUUGAUGCGAUGGAAGGCUGCUGCCUACGUGCCACACCAGUCGAGAGAUCAGGGGAAAUGCAAGAAGACGACUGUUGCUAUUCUCAAGCUCUUUCUAAUGCCUCGGUCCAUGACUUUGCCAUCCUGGAGUACCGGGACACAAUCGGAGGCCGAGCUUGGCACAAACCUUUUGGCAAAGAUCCGAAGACUGGAAACCCUUAUACAAUUGAGAUGGGCGCAAAUUGGGCAUGUUGAACUACACUGGGCGUAUGAUCUUCACACUAAUGAUCUAUUCGUCCAGGUGCAAGGUCUUGGGAAUCCAGGCGGUCCCCAAAACCCCAUAUGGACUCUGGCCCAAAAAUAUAAUCUGAAGACUUAUUACUCCGACUAUGAUAAUGUUUCGACCUACAAUGAAAAUGGAUACUCAGAUUAUAGCCAUCUGUUGACUGAAUAUGACAAUGCCUAUGAUAUUGCCAAUCAGAAGGCCGGUGAAAUUCUUUCUAGGAAUCUUCAGGAUCAGACGGCUCAAUCUGGCCUGGCCCUAGCGGGUUGGAGCCCGGGUAAGCAUGAUAUGGAGGCACAGGCCGUUGACUGGUGGAAAUGGGACUUUGAGGAUAACUUCAACCCACUGGAGAGCUCUCUGGUUUUUGGCUGUGCUGGCGAUAACCUAACCUCUAACGUCUUCAGUGAUCACGAUAAUUUCGUGACUGACCAGCGCGGAUUCAACACUAUAUUCAAAGGAGAGGCUGCCACAUUUCUCAAGCAGGAUGACCCGCGACUGUAUCUCAAUACACAGAUCACGGAAAUCUCAUACUCUGAUGAUGGAGUCACAAUACACAACAAGGAUGGCAGCUGCAUCACCGCAGCAUAUGCCAUCUGUACAUUCUCUCUAGGCGUCUUACAAAGCGAUGAAGUCAAAUUCACACCUGCACUCCCUGAAUGGAAACAAACCGCCAUCCAGAAAUUCACAAUGGGCACCUACACCAAGAUUUUCAUGCAAUUUAACGAAACCUUCUGGCCAACCAACACUCAGUAUUUCCUCUAUGCUGACCCAAGCCUCCGAGGCUGGUACCCCAUAUUCCAAUCCCUCUCCAUGCCACAGUUUCUCCCAGACUCUAACAUCCUCUUCGUGACGGUGACAAACGAGUUUUCCUGGCGUGCAGAACGCCAAUCAGACGAGCAAACCAAGAAAGAAAUAAUGGACGUCUUACGCAAGAUGUUCCCAGAAAAGACAAUCCCCGAGCCAACAGCCUUUCUCUAUCCACGCUGGAGCACAGAGCCCUGGGCACACGGUAGCUACUCCAACUGGCCUCCAGCGACGACGCUAGAGAUGCACGAGAAUUUGCGUGCCAACACGGGUCGGCUCUGGUUUGCGGGCGAGGCCACUAGCCCCACCUACUUCGGUUUCUUGCAUGGUGCUUGGUUCGAGGGCCGGGAUGCGGGCCGACAGAUUGCCGGUAUUUUGCAAGAUCGGUGCAUUCAUGCUAACUCGACUAAGUUGAGGGAAUGUGGGGCUAGGAGGCAUUAUGAGGUUUUGCAUGGGACUUCGCCUUUUGCUGAUUACUCGGCUGUGAACGGGUGGACUGCGAAUAGCUUCUAUGAUAGUAAUUCGGAUUAG